UUUUAUACGAUCAUCCACUCCCCAUUCCUCAUAUCUCUGCAGCUCACACAACAGCUCGAUCUCACUCUGACCCGUCAUCUAUGGCUCGGAUCAGCGUCGCUCUCCUCCUCGCCGUCGUGGCCUCCGCCGCCGCGCUCGCGCAUGGCCGCGACCUCCCGACCUCGAUCAAGCUGACCAGAGGCGCCGUGGUGGGCGGCGACAGCAACGAGUGCGUGUACACGGUGUACGUGCGGACGGGGUCGAUCUGGAAGGCCGGGACGGACGCGACGAUCUCGCUGGAGCUGACGACCGCGGACAACUACGACGGCGUGGAGAUGACGGACCUGCCGUCGUGGGGCGGGCUGAUGUACGAGGGCCACUCCUACUUCGAGCGCGGGAACCUGGACAUCUUCAGCGGCCGCGGCCCAUGCAUGGCGUCCACGCCGUGCCGGAUGAGGGUCUCCUCCGACGGCUCCGGCGACCACCACGGCUGGUACUGCAACUACGUCGAGGUCACCGUCACGGGCCCCCACAGAGGCUGCGCGCAGCAGCUGUUCACCGUCGAGCAGUGGCUCGCCACUGACGCGGCGCCGUACAAGCUUGAGGCCGUCGUUGACCACUGCUCCUACGACGAUGGCGUCGUGGCGUGAGGGUAGAGCCACACGCACACCCCGUCCCCCCUUACGUGUUGUAUUGCUUGGUUUUUGUGCUGCUGCAUCUGCUGGUGAAAUAAUCGGGACAUGUGCCAUGUAUCAUGGGAGUUGUGACUAGUCUAGUUUGUACGACAGAUGGUGUUGAUUUGGCAUUUCCAUUUGUGUGAAUGUUUGUACAGUACAUGAUUUUCAAUCUCAAUCUGGAAUGUCAA